AUGCGAAACAAACGUACACCCAGGAUCUGUUUCACAACGGUCUCCAGGUUUAACAAAUUUCCCGAAGGCGUAGAGAUUGGACACUUGUCACCUGAGAGCCCAACUGAAACGCGUAUAACGGCAACAUAUGUCACAGACUCAGAAGAAGUUAGUAAUUCACGAAAAGACACAAAGGACGGUUGUGUCACGAGCUCUAAUACCAGUCAAACUAAAUCCGACGAAAGUUCAUUUAAAACAUCACACUGGGAUGAGUUAGAUUGCCAAAGGGAAGAAAACGUUCCAUAUGCUGUGAAUGACCAGAAUAAAUGCACCACAAAGAGACCAGAAGUUGGCGCCGAUGAGAAGCUAACAGACGACCCAGCAGAACACUGUGAAUAUGACCCUAAGUUACUUCUGAAAACAUCAAUGAAGCGUGACUGUUAUGAUAAAGUAAUUGAAGCACAAAAUCUCCAAGCUGAGUUGGCUAGAAUCAAACAGACUAAUGAAGAAUUGACUGCCAGAGUCAAGCGCCUCCUCCAUGAUCGACAAGCGCUGGAAUUUCAGUUGGAAGCACAAGAGCUUAAAAACAAUCAGCUGACCAAAGAGAACGCAGAGUGUUUAGUUCACGUCACGGAAAAUCGAUUUCUGGAAGAAACCAUACAGAGGUUAAAGGAACAGCUGAAUGAGAUAGCCGAACAGACAGAUAUUUCUAGGUUGGCUAGACGUCAGCUUCGAGCUGAGUGUGUACGAAUGGAGCUGGAACGACAGCGUCUAGUUGAUGAAUAUCUUCGAUUGGAAACAAGCAGGGCAAGUAAUCGAGAAGAGCUUGAAGCUCUAAAUCGACGCCGUCAACAGCUGGAACUUUUCCAAGAAGACAUAGUUCAGCGUCAGCAAUUGGCUAAUCGGUGGCAAGAAGUUGCUGGAACCAUCCGAAUAUUUGUUCGAAUACGUAGUCAGACCAGCAAAACAGAAUCCUCUGAAAAAUCGACACGAUUCCCGUACGAAUCCGGUUGUCUUGUUGUGCCUGCAGAGGAUAAAAUUGGUAUAUAUCUCAACCGAGGUCAAAACGCAUCCAUUUGUGGGGCCGCAGGCACAACAACAACAGAUAAUACUGUCCGUUUGUAUAACUUCAAUCAAAUUUUCCCCCCAGGCACACCUCAAUGCAAGGUGUACCAGAGUAUAUCAAACCAGGUGAAACGUAUUCUGGAUGGAUAUAAUGUAACUGUGCUACACAGCGGUACGUCUGGAAGUGGGAAAACCUUCACGUGCUGUGGAAAUACCGUUGAACCUGGAAUUGCCUCAUUUUCAAUGGCCGAUCUGCUACGCUUAGUCACGGAAAAAGGGCAAACAAACAUUUCUUUUUAUGCAUCAUUUAUUGAAAUCUACAAUGACCGAGUUAGGUGUGUGCUUUCUAAACGAGCUGUACAGAUCAAAGAUACAGGUUCCACCGUGUUUGUAAAAGACCAGAAAGAAGUUCGAAUAAAUCGCUUGGGAGAUUUCAAUACCCUACUCAAUCGUGUAGGUUGUGAACGUAAGUCUUAUACAAUCGAUCGCAACCAGCAUAACUCAAGGUCACAUUUGUUCAUCUUUAUCAAAUGUAUACUGACCAAUGGGGGGCAAGAAGCAAACAUCGGAACUUUGAUCAUGGGUGAUUUAGCAACACCGGUGCGUCUGAAGCAGAGCCACCCACUUGUCAAUGACCGAUUAUUCAAACAAGAGAGUUGGCAUAUUCAAAAAUCGAAUAUUCUUCUGUCGAGUAUGCUGCAUCAACUGCGGAAACGGGGAGUGGUAAUCAACUGUCGGGGUACAAGAUUAACCGAACUGUUGAAACCAUGUUUUUCUGGAGAUUCUCAUCUGAUUAUGUUACUAACCAUUACAGAUGACCCAGAGCAGGCAUCCACAACGCAGAAUGUCUUGGAGUUUGGCAAACUAGCUUCUGAGACGGCACUUGGAACGCCAAAGAACCAUUUGAAAUUGGACUGA